AUGAAGCUGCCUCGACUGACUCUCUUUGGCCGCUCGCUCUUGCUCAUUACCAGCGAGAUCGUUGCAAACGCCGUCUGCUGGAUUGCUGCCGGCAUCUCGUUCGGAAAGUCCAGCGAGACCCGUUCCAUCCUUAGUCUUGCGUUGCUUGCAUGGACGUUGGGACUGCGCCAUGCCCUCGACGCGGAUCACAUCAGCGCUAUUGACAACGCAACACGAGGCUUGAUCAACCUCGGGCAGCUCCCAGUUACCUGCGGCCUUUUCUUCUCUUUGGGACAUAGCACCAUCGUAAUCGUUGUAACUAUUGCAAUUGCCAUCUCUUCCGAUGUUUAUGACAGGAUGACUAGAGUCGGCGAAGUGGGUGGUAUUGUUGGCGCAGCCGUAUCUGGCUCUUUCCUCUUCAUCAUCGGUCUGGCAAAUACAAUAAUUUUAUGGAGGAUUAUUAAACGUCGCCGAGAGGAUAAACUCCGCGAACAACGCCGUGCUAACGGCGAACCCGUCGAAGACGUAGAGCACGAUCCUAAGUUGAACCGAACGAUUAUGAUGCGCAUUAUAGGCCCCAUAAUUACGUUCGUCGACCGUCCGUGGAAGAUGUAUCCUGUCGGUGUUCUUUUCGGUUUCGGAUUCGAUACCGCUUCAUCUAUUGCUCUCCUUGGACUCUCUGCACUGGCAAAGAGAAAUGCUGACGGUAGUGCCAUCCCAAGCGGACAGAUCGUUAUUCUUCCCCUUCUCUUUACUUCCGGGAUGACCCUAGUCGACUCGAUCGAUUCUAUCCUUAUGCUCUACUCCUACUCCGGCUUCCCUGAAAGAUCAUUCAAACUCUUCACCCUCGGGCCCUCUCCCAAGGUCAUUCCUCCUCCCGGAUCAGAUGAGAAACCGGCCUCGGAAGAGAAGACCAUCGAGGAGGAAGACAGGAAGGACAAUGAAAAAGGAGACGCUGAACCCGAGCUCGUGGAAGCAAGAGAGGAUGAAAUCGUGACACAGGAGACGCGUGUCAAGAUGAACGUCAUGUCUGGGCUGAGCAUUGUCCUCACGCUGAUGAGUAUCUUGGUUGCUUUUAGUAUUUCGUUGAUAACCAUCAUGGGCCUCAUUGGCGAGCAGUGUGGGCCGUGUGUGGCCGCUGCUGAAGCCGACGAUGGCCAUGGCGGCGGUCUGGCAGGACGGUGGUGGAGAGGCUGGGCUAAUGCAAACGAACAAUCUGGAUACAUCGGUGCCGCCAUCGUCGGCGCCUUCCUGGUGAUCGUGAUCGCUUGGUAUGGUGGUCGCUGGAUUUCCAGAAAGAUGAAAGCCAGGAAAUAA